UUUAUCAGCACGAGAAAAUUAUCUCACUUCAUUCCAUCUUCCCGCUUCUUCUUGAAUCUCACAGAAGAGAGAGAAAAUGAGAUAGAUAUAGAGAGAGAAAGACGCCAUUGAAGUGUAGCAAGCAGUGAGCUGCUGCAUUGGAGAGAAACGAUGGAAGGAGGAGAUGGCGAAAGGAAAGAGAUGAAGAAGAAGGACGUUGGAAGAGAAGUUCAUGUUAUGGAUACGCCGGAGAGGAAGCAGAUCGGUACACCGAUCUCUAAAUUCGAGGAUUCGCCUGUGUUUAAUUACAUCAACAAUCUUUCACCCAUCAAGACAUUUCGUCCAACUCUUAUUAGUCAAUCGUUCAACUCUUUUAAUUUUACAUCUCCACCUUCUAUUUUCACUUCACCUCACAUCAGUUCCAUUAGAGAAUCAAUUCUUAACAGAAGGAAUCAAUUGACCGAUCCAUCGAAACCAGAGUUUUCUUCUUUGAAAGGGAAUGAAGUUGAUUCGAGUGAUGAUGUUAUUGUUGCUCCUCCUAUCUCUAUUGAGCUGAACACCGAUUGCUCGAAAAACUCUGUUGAGGCAUUCGAAUCGUUGGACUAUGAAUGUGCUAGUCCUAAUCGCAGUUCUACACCUGAUCUGGCUCAAACUGAUAGUGAGAUGGAAAUGUCAAUUGUUCCAUUUACUGCAGAUGUGUCUGAUGGGUUGAAUUCAGAAGAGCAGGAACACAUGCAGCAUAACAAUGAUUGGGAGGGCUUGAUUUCCGAUUCAACUGAUCUAUUGAUGUUUGAUUCACCUGAUGAGACACAGACUUUAAAUGGUUCUUUCCUUGAGUCACUUGAUUCGUUCCAGCAACUUGAACUAGACAUUCCUUCACAAGAGGAAGAUGUUCAGUUUAAGGAAACAGAUGAUGCUGAAAAUGAAAGUAUGUCUACCCAACCAAAUGAACAAAUUGACCCUAAUGCCUUGUCACAUCUUCAAAGUAGCAUGAGAAGACGCUGCCUUGUUUUUGAAAUGUCAGGAGCACGUAUGAAGCAAUUGAGUGGUGCUUCAUCUUCUGGGUCCUCGAAGAUAGCACAAUCAGAAGCUAACAUUUUGUCCAAAGAUAAUGCUAAGCAAAUUAUUCCUGUAAAGUCAGGAAAUGAAUCUUCGCGUUGCAUUCUUUCUGGUAUAGGUUUACAUUUAAACGCUCUAGCAAAAACUACAAAAGACUAUAAUGAAGUUAGCCGUGAAAAUCUGGGGGGUUCUGCGAGGCAGUUAAUAAAUGACCACAGCUCUGUAGGUUCAUUUCCUUCUUUGCCUACCAGGCAAGAGUUAUCUUUAGUUGUGGUCUCUGAUGAAAGAAAUAUUGAAUCUUUCGAUAAUGGAGUUUUGGUAGCUGAAGAUGCUUCUCAAGCAUCAAUGUAUGUAAGUGGUGAAGAGCUCAGCCAAAAUAGUCCGAAAAAGAAGAGGCGUAAAUCGGAAAGUGGAGAGAUUGAGGGUUGCAAAAGGUGCAAUUGUAAGAAAUCAAAAUGCUUAAAACUAUAUUGUGAAUGUUUUGCUGCUGGUGUUUAUUGUGUUGAGCCAUGCUCUUGUCAAGAAUGCUUCAACAAGCCGAUACAUGAAGAUAAGGUCCUUGCAACUCGCAAGCUGAUAGAGACUAGAAAUCCUCUGGCCUUUGCUCCUAAAGUCAUUUCUGCAUCUGAUAAUGGGGAUGAAUCCAGCACAACCCCAGGAUCAGCCAGGCAUAAAAGAGGGUGUAAUUGCAAGAAAUCUGGUUGCUUAAAGAAAUACUGUGAAUGCUAUCAGGGAGGGGUUGGCUGCUCAAUUAAUUGCAGAUGCGAAGGAUGUAAGAAUGCAUUUGGCAGAAAAGAUGGGUCAACCAUAAUAGGACCAGAAUCUGUUGAAAUGGAGGAAGAUGAAACUGAAACAUGCGUCAAGAUUAGCGACAGAAGCUUGGAAAAAACUCCAAUACUUGACAAUGUCGAGAAUAAUUCUGCAGAUGCCUUUCCUGCUACCCCAUUAAGGUGUUUAAGAGCAUCCAUGCAACUUCCAUUUUCGUCGAAAAAUAGACCUCCUCGGUCAUCAGCACUAUCGAUUGGUUCAACAUCUUCGGGUUUAUAUGGACAUGCAAGGUUUGGAAAGCCGAAUUUCUUGCCACCACCACCAGCAGCAGCAGCAGCACCUCAUCAGGCUAAAAUGUUACAGACGGUUGAGGAAGAAAGCGACGAGAUCCCUGAAAUUCUGCAAGGGAACAACAACAAUAGUAGGUCUCCAGUUAGCGGUUCUUCACCCAAUAGUAAGAGAAUCUCUACUCCUCACUGUGGGAUGAUGAGAAGCAAUAACAAUGGCAGCAGGAAACUGAUUCUGCAAUCCAUUCCUUCAUUUCCUUCUCUAACUCCCAAGCAUUAAUCAAAGUGGAAUCGAAGGACAGUACAUAAAAGGUGGUGGAGUUCAAUCAAGAAUGAGAUUGUACGAUAAAAUGAGAUGUCGGGAUCAAGAAUAAGGAGUUCGUCGAAGAAAUGAGACACUAAGAUCCAACUCGAGUCUAGAUUUAUGCUCAUCUUCUCAUUUAGAUGUUGUGUUUGUUUGUUUAAUUUAUUUAUUUACUUUGUUAUGAUUGUUAUCAUUUUGAAAUUCUUGUGAGAGUCUAUUUCAAAAUGGUUACAAUUGAAAUACAAACUAUAUGAUGGUUAAGAUGAAGCAUGAAAAGAAUCAUU